ACUGAGCGAGGACUUUUAUUUUGACAGGACGCGCUCUGCCUCAUUGUCGCUCACCUCGCACUCUCUCGGCUUCUCGGCGUCUGCCUGCGACUCGGCGGAGAGGGAGACUUGAAGUGGAGCGCCGCUGGCUCGCUGGCUCGCCGCUCGCCCCCUCGUUACAUAAUUCGUUGUGAUUUCUCGAAGAUGCGCUUGAGGCGAAGUGGCGCCUGGAAUUCUGACAGCUGAUCUUGAAAAGUGUCGGUGACGGCCCGCUAAUUAGAGGUCUGGGCUAUGAGAGGAUCGCUGGAGCAGACCACCGGCGUGUGGGAGACCUCGGCGAUGUGGCAGGACUCUCGUCUUGGUGAAGCCCUCCGGCCUGAGGUGACCUCCUCGUCUUUUUAACGUUGCCAAGGACCCGAGCGGACGGACACAUCUUUGCUCACAGAAUCCGCUGGCCGUUUUCUUUCCCUUUUGGUGCCUUUGAGGCUGAAGAACUCGAGUCGCCCACCUUUAUGAGGGCAGUGCCCCCUCCAGCGGGACCUUCGUCGUCUUCUAAGGCUUGACGAGCACCUGAAGCGGCUGACCAUGGCCAUGUCCAAGGUGCGCUACCUGAUGCUGCUGGUCUGCGUGCAGCUGGUGGUCAUGGCCAUGCUGUACCGGGAGGGCUACCGCAAGCGGGUGGCGUACUUUAUUGGCAUUUUCUGGAAGGACAACUUGGUCACUAGUGACUUGGCAGAGCAGCUGCACGCCACGGGAAACCACAGCCGUUCUGGGGACAUCUAUGCCAACCUGAGCCUUAUCGUGAAGCCGUUCGUGCGCGAGGAGGACCUGCCCUUCUGUCCCGACAAGUCGCCUUACGUCGGUGGCCCAUUCAGGGUCUUGUUCCCCUCCAAGCUGACCAUGGCGGACGUGGAGAAGAAGAACCCGUUUGUGACGGGGGGCCGCUACACCCCGGACUGCGAGUCCAAGCACCGCACGGCAAUCAUCAUCCCGCACCGCAACCGCGAGAGCCACCUCAAGUACCUGCUCUACUACCUGCACCCCUUCCUGCAGCGGCAGCAGCUCCACUACGCCAUCUACAUCAUCCACCAGGCUGGCAACUACACCUUCAACCGGGCCAAGCUGCUCAACGUGGGCUUCAAGGAGGCCAUGCGGGACGACGACUGGAGCUGCCUCUUCUUCCACGACGUGGACCUCAUCCCGGAGGACGACCGCAACCUCUACGUGUGCGACGAGCACCCCAAGCACGCCUCCAUCGCCAUGGACAAGUUCGGCUACAAGCUGCCCUACAAGUCGUACUUUGGCGGAGUGUCGGCGCUGACGCCAGAGCAGUACAUGAAGAUCAACGGCUUCCCGAACAACUACUGGGGCUGGGGUGGCGAGGACGACGACAUCGCCAUCAGGGUGGCACUCACUGGCAUGAUCAUCACGCGCCCAUCUGUACAAGUGGGCCGCUACAGAAUGAUCAAGCACGAGCACGACAAGGGCAACGAGGAGAACCCCAAGAGGUUCAACCUUCUGGCGAAGACGCGGCGGACGUGGAGGCAGGAUGGGAUGAACACCAUGGAGUACACGGUGCUUGCCAGGGAGGCAUUGCCCUUGUACACCAACAUCACAGUGGACGUGGGCACUGACAAGGGGCUCAGGAAGGACACGCAAAGGUCCGGGUGACCAGGUCAGACUCUGGUGCGGAGCUUGGGACACAUCCAUCUGUUCAACGUUCGCCUUUAGGGGGCAGGAGUGGGAUGCAGGGGCCGUCACUUUCCUGGAGGGACAUUGCCAGGCGGCGUGACGUCCGCUCCUGCCACCCGUUUUUACGAUGCCACUUUUACUUGAAUUCUUUUUGUACUGAGAACCUUUAUGAAGUGGAACUGGAGGACAGCAGUUUGUUACGAAACGCCUUAAAACUCUCCGGACACGGGGGGCUCGGACGCCCACCAUGGGCCACAUCUUUUUUUUUUUUGGAGGUCAAGUCGCCCCUCCCAGUGGUGGUCUGCUGUGGCUUUUUACCCACAAUUCCUCUUUUUGACUUGGUUCCCUUCAAGCUUCUUUGUAUCUCAUUUUAUUUACAUUUGGUCAUGAAGGUCAAUAAGCGGGUGGG